AUGCGCUUGCGCAGACGGCGAGCGAACGGUCUUUGUUUGUUGACAAGCAAACCUAGUCUUCUUGUUUUGUUCGCAAGUAGUCGUCGCGCGUUACGGACGUGUGCUCUUAAAUUUAAAACAAAGUAAAUCGGAUAAAUCUCCGUGUGUUUAAUCAAAAACUAUUUUUCAUAGUUUAUCAAUGGUGUUUUUUUGAUAUCAACUUAUUGUACCAAUUCGGAUUGCAUUAAGAGUUGUUUGCUCGUAUCGAGAAUAACUCUUUCACCACACUGCCAAAAGAGGGUGGCGGGUGUGUGGGACCCUGAGUCGCGGCGGGGGGCGGGGGCCGGCAGGUGACCGGCGGAGUCCGCGGCUCAUGUGGGCGGCUAGCGCGUGCUGCUCGCGCCAGGCAGGCGACGGGGCCAGCGCGACGCGCGCGCCCGUCAAGACCUUCCAGGCGUACCUGCCGCCGGCGCACCGCACCUACAGCUGCAUACACUGCCGCGCGCAUCUCGCCAGCCAUGACGAGCUCAUAUCCAAGUCGUUCCAAGGCAGCCAGGGGCGUGCAUAUCUCUUCAAUUCUGUGGUGAACGUCGGGUGCGGGCCGGCAGAGGAACGUGUGCUGCUGACGGGACUCCACGCAGUUGCUGAUAUUUACUGCGAGUGCUGCAAAACCAUGCUCGGCUGGAAAUAUGAACACGCAUUCGAAUCGAGUCAAAAAUAUAAAGAGGGCAAGUUCAUAAUAGAACUGGCUCAUAUGGUGAAAGAGAACGGGUGGGACUAGGCGCUGGGACUAAAGUGCUGUGACCCCCGUCAAUGACUGUACGUGACCAUGCGUCGGCGCCUCGAGCCCUCGUGAUAAAAUGGCCGGCGAGUCACCUCGCCUAUCUCUCAACCAUCCGCCGUUAUCGAUACAAAUUAUUUUUGUCAUAAUCAAUUUUUCAUGAAAAAUCGAUGAUGGCUGAUUGUCGAGUGAUUUACCUAAGUACUGUCAAUUGUUCAAGAGUUGGACGCACUGUUUAGCAUCAACUAUCAGUGUUUAGGGAACAGGAUCGAAAACACAAAUUGUAAAGCGAUCAUGUAAGUUCUUUCCAUCCCUUUGGAAAUUUGUAGUUUAAACUCAAUUGUAUGAGAAUAUUGGCCAAGGGCGGUAAUUCUGUUUGACAAUUGACAGUAUGUCGGGCGUUAUAUUAGCGGCUUAUGCUUGAGCACCGCCAUUUGACGUUAUACAUAAGUUAUCGAUCUCAACCGCCCAGCUUCGGGCAGUGGGCAUAGAAUUUAUACUAAUUUUUAGUUAUAGAAACAUUUAUUUUUCGCGUAAGCGAAUAUCUUAAGUUGUAUUAGUUUACACGUCAUUAUAUAUCGGAAAGAACACUAAUACUUCUUGUCCCCUUUUACCUGUGAUAAGUACGUUAGAAUAGAUUUUUUGAAUUUCUUGAACGAUCAUUUCAAGAGUUGCUCAGAGAAAUUUCAUAUGUAUGUUCCUAAUUUCAGCUGUACAAUUUGCUUUACUUUUUUACUAGUCGAAGCGGAAAAUAGUUUUCGAUGUAUUUGCGCCCAUAUUAGGUGAUUUUCGUUAGUUUCGUUCAUUUUUUUUCGCUUUCCGUUUGGAAUUGGAAUUUACAAUGUUACGCUUUAGAGUCGGGGAGACGAUUGGAUCGAACAUUUUUAUAUACGAAGGGAGCAGUUAGGAGUUUUAUUAUUCAUUUAUUGUUUCCAUUUAAAUGUAUAUUAGACACAAUUAACCCCACAUAUUUAUCUUAAUCUGCAUGGUACUUCAUUAAAGCGAUAGUGAUGUUAUCCGUGUAAGAUUCAGAGCUUCUACAACAUAAUGUCGGAUAAAAAACAUAAUUCGAAAUAUAAACCGGGAUAUUACUUGCAUUUGGCGAUCGAUAAUCAAUUGGAGGGAAUCGUUAUAAGGCUAUAAGCAGUUAGAGCAGAUGCAACAAUGAAUAGUGAGGUUUCAACAACGAACUGAUGUCUCAUUGGAUAUUACAAAUUUUACAAAUAAGUAUUUUGUAUCUUAAUGGGAAAUUUGGAAUGGGAGUAUAGGAUAGGGAGGAAUGGAAUGUAUAUUUAAGAAUGGUGUUCAAUUGCAAUGCAAGUACUACAACAGAAAUGACUAAUUCAAAUACAUGGCGUCCAAAUAAAUAUUUUGCGGAAUAUUUAUACUAAUUGUGCAUUUUAAUCAAACAUACGAUUCUCGUUAUAGAAGAACUAUUUUUAAUAGAUAAGAAGUAAGGUUUACAUUUUAAACCUACAUAAUGUAACAAAAGAGAAAAAUGCAUAAUUGAUAUAAAAUGUACUAAAUGUUAUAUCGGUAUACCCAACUUGAUAAAACAAUUAAGCUUUUCAAAUGCAUAUUCUUUAAACAUAUAUUGAGUCACUUGAGAUCUUAAUUUAUAUUUUAUUUCCUACAUCUUACCACAGAUUGGUAGGAUAUAAGUUAGGGAACGUAACUUUGCAAAAGUGGUCGUGGUAGGCGAAAGUUUGCGCUCGUACUUUGAGUAAAAAGUAGAGAGCCUCUUGCCAACUUAAUUUCCGGACAAUAUAUGUAUGCAUACAUUAUCUCUAUUUUUCUUGUGACACAUCAUAUAUGAAGAGGUGAUUUCUUGUUGUUUGAUUUCUAUUAUAAGUAUCCUAUUGUCUAGCCUUUGGGUAUAUCGACAUAAUGUAAAAAUCACCCAUCGCCGCAAUAUCAGAGCGUUGAUUACUGCCACUAGAAUACUUUUUAAUAUACAUAACUAAUGUUAAUAAAAUUUACAUGGACGUAAGGGACACGUUUGACACAUUAUUUUUACGAUAAAGCUAAUUUAAUAAAUUAACUAUUAAGGCAGCUCUGAAGUUAGCUACAUUUUCUAGCUUUGAAUAUAAAGUUUUAGAGAAAUGCCUAGAACUAUAUCUUAGACAGCGCAUAAUUUACAAAAAUUACAAUGCCAGCCUACGAACAGUCCUAAAACAAUGCGGCAAGCAUUUAACUAAAAUUUGAUCAUGCGAAACGCGAAGAAGCGUUUUGCAACAACUAACUUCAGAGCCGUCAUCAUUUGGUGAUAGCUGAACAUUAGAAUCAGAUUUUUUAGUGUAACACCUUGUCCGUUUCAUAUUUUAAGACGUAUUUGUAUUAAAUAAUGAUAAAUAUUGAAAUCAGCCGUUCUAGAUAAUCAAAUAUGUCUAAUUUUUUAAACUUACAAAUUUAAACAGAGUCAUAUAUUUUAAAGGGCCUAAGUACAAUAAACCACAUCUGGCUCUGGAUAUCUGAACGAAACGAACUGUGAUUUUUGCUUUUAAUAAUACCAACCGUGCUUUUUAAAGAUCAUUAAAAGCUAUGGGUUGAACGAGAAAUAAUCACAUAUUAUAUAUCUAUAAUUUUCAUUCAAGCUUUUAGAUGCUAAAUAUUGUAAUAUGUGAUACGGAAAGCAGAUACGUCUUUUUCAUAGUAAUAAUGGUAAAUCCGUAAACACAUCGUUCACGUAUAUUGUAAUCGUAACUGUUAAACAUAGGGUUUAAAUUGUUAAGAAUACUGAUGCAAAAUGUUCAAUGGAGAUUUGAAUUUAAUUUUGUUUUCAUCUUCCGAACAUAGAUUACUAUCUAGCGAAUUGUUACAUCAAUUCAUUGGUUUGUAAAGCUUUAUGGUGAACAAGAGUAAUAGUUUUCUUCUUCUAAGUUAUGCCUUGAGACUUUUUUAAAUUAAUUUACUACAUACCCUUGGUCAUGCUUUAUUAUUAAAUGUUGCCAUCACAGGAUCGUUAUACCACAGUUUAAAAUAUAUUACUUCAUUGUUUGCCAUUAAGAGGAAUGUAUAUCUAUUGGGAAUAUGAAAGAACUUCAUCCAAUAGCAGUUUUUAUUACAGUAUAGUUUGUUAUUCACUCGUUAUGAACAUUAUGCAACAAUAAUCGAGUUAUUGAGAUUGUCACACUAGUUUAUAAUUAACACUCUUAGACCUAUAUUACCUUCUUUAACAUAUGACCGAACACAAAAAUAUAUCAAAUUGUGACGUUUAAAGUGAGAAAAUUAAAAAGAUUAGAUCUCUGCGAGGCAUAUUUAAAGUAUUUUUCUACUUGAUCGUUUAGGGAUGCUAUUAGAUAUUUUUGGACCAUUGUUAAGAAUCGAUCAGUAUUGGUGAGGAUUAAGAAUUUAAUUGUUAGUUUUGUGAAUGUUGAAUGCGGUUGUUGUUGUCGAGAUUAGCGAGUUUAUGCUUCUAUAGAUGUAACUGCACCCAUUUAAAAUAUGCUUUGUUACCUGUUUUAACACUGGCAACACCCUAAUUCUGUAUAGAAUAAAAUACAGUAGAUUUUACUAGCUACCCUUUUAAAUGGCUACGUAUUUUACUCUAUAGUAAUCCAAAUAAUCAACCCGUCAAAACUAAGGUCUUGGAGUGUUAGCUACCGACCAAUUAGGUGAGCCGAAGAACAAGGUGCAUUCAUGUAUAUUUCCCCAUACCAACCAAAUAAGGUAUCCCAGUAGAUGUUUACGACGGAACCGCUUAUUUUUGUAUUUUCCUAGUACGUAAUGAAGCAUUAUUAAAUUCGUGGUGUCUCCUAAAGAUUGUAUGCAUUAUGCUAUAGAAGAGUAUUUCGUCAACAUUUUUUUGAAAUAAUAAGUGCGUAAUAAAACACUUUUUCGUAUUA